AUGAGAGUGCAAGCAUCUCCGAUCGCGUGGGCAACCGCGACCACCCUUCUAGCACUCGUUUCCCGGACUGGAGCAGCGCCCACAACAAUCCAGGCGGCACCCUUCGCCGGUUCAUCCAGUGCUGAUGUUUUUCCACCUUCGGGUAAAUCUAAAGUUGGAUUCCCUGGACCAACGCCCACGGGAGUAGAGCCUGCAGCUAUACAGACAGCCAAGGCAUAUCCGUACAAUGACGGCAAUGCCAAUCAUUUUCCUCUGAUUCAACCGCAACCGUAUGACAAUGAUGCCGGGUCCAACUUUGAUAUCAGCAAGUACUGGGGUAAUCUCUCUCCAUGGUAUUCUCUACGAUCUUCCGACUACGGCUUAUCUCAGGCGAGUCCACUUGCACCAGAAGGCUGCGAAGUCACCCAGAUGCAUCUCCUCUACCGACACGGAGCUAGAUAUCCAACCAGCGGCGCAGCACCUAGCACAUUUGCUCAAAAGAUUGCAAACUCUACCAAGACUGGACUUACCUUCUCAGGCGAGCUUGCGUUUCUGAGCACCUGGACCUACAAGCUCGGUGCGGAGCUCCUUACGCCCUUUGGACGUAGCCAGAACUUCCUCUUGGGGGUCGAAUACCGCCAGCUCUACGGACAUCUUUUGAAUAACUUCACUGCUGCCAAAACAAUUCCAGUGUUCCGAACCGAGUCCCAGGACCGUAUGGUCAAAACUGCCGAAAAUUUUGCGGCUGGUUUCUUUGGUGUGCCGGAAUAUAUGGACCAGGUUAACAUCGAGAUACUCGUUGAAUCGAUAGGAGUCAAUAAUUCGGGUGCUUCGUACGACGUUUGCCCGAAUUCUAACAUCGCCAGCAGGGGCAGCAUCGGAAGCACUGUAGCUUCACGUUUCGCCGCCAAUGCCUUCAACAGCACGAUUAAUCGGCUCCAGACGCAGGCCAGCGGUAUCACUUUCACCUCCACCGACGCCAUUGCGAUGCUCCAAAUGUGCUCGUAUGAGACUCACGCUCUUGGAUAUUCGGCCUUUUGCAACCUCUUCACAGAGGAGGAUUUCUUGAACUACGAAUACUACUACGACUUGAGUUUCUACUACAACAACGGACCUGGUUCCCCAGUAUCGGCUGCCCAAGGUAAAGGCUACCUGGAUGAGUAUCUAGGUCGUUUCACUGGGAAUUACCCGUCCGCAAAUUCUGCUUUGAACCAAACCUUUGACAACACAUCUACCUAUUUCCCUCUCAGCCAGUCUAUCUAUGCGGAUGCAACACAUGAAGUUGUUCUACUGGAUGCUCUUGUUGCCUUCAAUUUAACAGCUUUGUUCGAUGGCCCUCCUCUGAGCGCUGGUGGGAACCGUAUGCAGAACACCUUUGUGGCUAGCAAGCUUGUCCCAUUCGCGACGCACUUCACCACUCAGGUUCUUUCCUGCCCAGCCUACACUCCAACUAAGCAGAUAAGAUUCAUCGUUAAUGACGCCGUUGUACCGAUCAAUGAGUCUCAUCCCGGAUGUCCCACAGAUCCAGAUGGGCUUUGCUCUUUCGAUACUGUUGUCUCGGUCCUCCAAAAACGAAGCGCCGAGAUUGAUUUCGACUACGAUUGCUUCGGCAAUUAUACUGCUUCGGCUGGUUCCAACUAUAAUGGCAGGGCUCCUAGAGGUUAGGUGAAGAUGGACAGUCUCAUAGUAGUGCGGUGGGAUAUCAAAGGCUCGAACCACG